UGGCUGACAGGAGCAGAUACGUCAGCGCCUCUCACCGCUCCAGUAUAACCCCCUCAAGCCUCUGGCGCUCACACAGACAGGCAAGUGUAAAAGUAGCAGCUCCAACUGUUGCCCGGACUAAAACCCAUUCAGCAUCAGUCUGACACACAGAGAGGAGUGAGAGUGAGAGGAGAGGAGGAACUUUUACGCACAGCCUUUUUUUUUUUUUAGUCUGGAUUGAUUUGGCGCCUCUUUAAAGUCCACCUUGGGUCGUUUUGGGACAUUUUUCUGCACUGUUUGGAUUUGUUGUAUUCAUUUCAUCACUUAUAUAAAUGACAGCCCUGAGUAUGAUGAUUUCCUCGCACCUGUUCCUGUUGAUGUUUAACUGUUUCCUGGGUGCCGCAUCAGUCCGGAUCAUGACGUCUCAUGGGAGCGCACAGGAGGACAGCAGCUUCCUCCAGCCAUCAUCAUCAUCAUCAGCGGACCCGUUCUCAGAUGAUCUGGAUCAGGACAUGGUCUCCCAGCACAUGUCCAAACUGUACGAGAAAUACAACAGGGAUGCCCGGCUCAGAGAGGGAAACACUGCGAGGAGUUUCCGAGCCAGCCAAGACUCUUCUGACUACAGGACGGUGUACAGACUAAACCUUACGACCCUCCAGGACUCAGAGGUCAUCCUGUCCGCCACAUUCCACUUCCUGCUCGAUCGGCGCCCUCAUCAAAAACCCUGGUUCUGUAAACGCUUCAAAAGCCCGUCCUGUCGCUCCUCGGCCGUCCACCCGCCUCCGUCCGUCAGCCUGCUCCUUCGCUCUGUCUCCUCUGGGUCAGAGGUCAGAUCUGGGUCAACGGGGUCGCUCCUAGGCAAUGUGACCUUCCACCCCCACAGGAGAGGGGUGUGGCAGAUGAAAGAUGUGACCCAGGUCAUAAAGGAGGCACGGGACAAGGGUCAUCUCCUGGUGUCAGUGGAGAUGGACUUAGGGCAGCAGUACCAGAGGAAAGCAGAGGGGGCGCUGUCUGGAGGCAGCCUGCCCUACCUGCUACUGUACGCUAAUGAUCAAGCCUUGGCAGAGCCCAACAGCGUGGCGGCAAGCCUUCAGAGAUAUGACCCGUUCAACGAGCCCUCGCAUUCCUCUCACAGACCCAACUCCUCACCGGAGUCGAAAGGACGCGAGAGAAGGGAAGCAACUCUGAUCUUUGACCCCAUAGAGAACAAUGAGCUGCCCGAGGUGGACUACAGGCCUGAUGGCUACAGGAAGGAUGACCUCUGGGAGAGCACUUGGUACCUGGCACUCAAACCGAAAUCAGGUAGGAAGGAAAAGAAGAGAAAGAGCCAGGAGGAAGAAGGAGUGGAGCAGAAAGAAGAACCGUGGGUUCUCAAAGAAGGAGAAAGAACAUCACAGGGGCUCAAACCUGAUGACCCAACUGAGAAAAAGCUCAAAGACAGUCGCGUGCUGACGACCAACGACGGACAAAAACCUGAGCGGAGGAAUGAAGGAAAAAAGCACAAGGGGAACGCUAACUCUCAGUCACCCGUUCUGCAUUUUGAUGAACAAACAAUGCGUAAGGCCAGAAGGAGGCAGUGGGCCGACACCCAGCACAGAGGCUGCUCCAGGAGGAACCUCCGAGUGGAUUUCGCAGACAUUGGCUGGAGCGAGUGGGUCAUCGCACCCAAGGCCUUUGAUGCCUACUACUGCGCUGGCACAUGUGGCUUCCCCAUGCCCAAGGUGGCGAGGCCGUCUAACCACGCCACCAUCCAGAGCAUAGUCCGAGCCGUCGGGAUCAUCCCCGGAGUUCCCGAGCCCUGCUGCGUCCCAGAGAAGAUGAGUCCUCUGGCUGUGCUCUACCAGGAUGAAUGCAGGAAUCCAGUGCUCAAGGUUUACCCCAACAUGUCCGUCCAGUCCUGCUCCUGCAGAUAGGAAGGGGAGGUCAACGGGGGGGCAGAGGACAAAACAGGGUGAACUUGGAGAGACUAAUGGAGACAGAACCAUACCUUUGUUUGUCAAGUGGUUUCCUGAUCCGGAGAAACAAAGUCACUUUGGCCGUCGUUAUUCCUCGAGGAACAUAGGCUGUAGAGAAAUCACUUCCAUCUCUUCUGUCCCGCGGCAGCAGACUUGAAGAGACACAUUGUCUGGCGUCGGCCUCGGCAAGAGGAGCAGAGUCACACGUGUAAAGUCAGGGCUCCACAUGUCCAAGAAGCUCAGUUGUUUUGAUUCUGUGUUUGAGAUAAUACUGAGGAUUUCAUUUCCUCUUUUAUCUCAGAAUGUACUUUGCUUUUCAAACAGCUCACCGUGACUUUGCGUUCAUGUUUUCUUUGGACACAAAGGCUAUAAAUAAAAGACUUUAUCGAUGUGUCAUCGGGCAGCUCACACACAGUCACACACAGAUGACAGAUUAUGAAACGUAUUUUUACAUACAGCUGUUGUUAAUUUGAAACAAAUCACAAGCCACAUUGUACAUACAUGCAACGUUCAUCUGUUUGCAAGAAUGGGAGGUUAUUGUACAUUCUUGCCGUGUGUAUCUUAAAAAGGAAAUAUCCAAUGGAUCGUAGAGAGCAUCUGGAAUUCAUUUGCACCCACCAACCCCCUCAUAACACUUCAAGAAUGUUAUAAUGAAACCAGAAAUAUUUUUCUAUUUUUGAAUGUGAAACUUGGUUAAAAAUAACGUGUCAUGGUUACUAGGUUAUGUAUUACUAUAUUUUAGAUGAGAUGGUUGUUUUGUACAUGUGUAUUGUUUAAAUUAUGAAAAGGUAGCCUUCUAUAAAUUAGAAUAAAAAAAACUAAUUUAAUCCAAUGCUCUUGCUGGAAUAUUAUUGUUUCAUACACUUUGUGUUAUUCUUGGUCAUUACAGCGUGUAACGUUUGAUUCCUGGGGGGGGAUUUUUUUUUUUUUUGUGAAAACAAUCCUAAAAGGGCACCACUGUUCCAAAAUAACUUCACACAAAAGCAGGAAAGGUUCCACUCAGAGAUAGCCAACAUUCCCCUAAAGCCCCUUGAACCCGUUAUUACCCCACACCAAAGGCUCAGACGCCUGUUGUCCGGCAAAUAAUGUGGCCGAUGCAGCUGCCGUGGAUUAAUGGUUGACGGAGGAAGCAGGCACGCCACCUAUUAGGACGUCAGCCACUUGAACUUCAAAACGCGGUCCCCAUUUCGAUCCCUCCAUUCAAACGCAGAACAUUUCCAAGCGCAGGAUGUUCUCCUCAAUAGCCUUUUUUUUUUUUUUUUAAACAGAUGGUUACAGACAGAUUAUGUCAACUGCUUGUCACUUUUAUUCAUAAGAGGAAGAAGGUGGCCCAUGUGGUUCCUAAACAGUGUGACACACUGACAGUGAAAUGACAGAGAGAGCCUUUUGAUUAUUAACUCGUUACUCUGCGGUGGUUCUGCCUUGAGCCUGGAAAAGUUGGCACAGAGGACCACAUCUGUUAGCAACAACAGCUCUGAAGCUUCAGACUGGACAGUGAUUUUGUCUCAAAGACAGAGACGUUUAAUAACCACGGGGUGGAAAGGAACACAAGAUUGAGCCCGUAUACUGUUUAUUGCGGAUGAGAAUAAUGCUAUAAAUCUUUUGGCUUGUCUUUGAGCGUGGAGUCACCUGUUAUCAUCCUUAAAAACUAAUCGUGCCACCCUUCCUGU